CUUCGCUUCUUUGGACAUACCGUACCUGAGGGCACAUGUGCAUAUACUUACAACUUUUUAUCAAGGCUUCAUCCAACUGGAUGAUGAAAUUUUGGCCACCAUGCAAAGUCCUUCUACGCCUCUAAUAAACCAGAGAAGACGAAUCUAGUCUUGAAUGGUGUUUAUCCAUGUCGUGCUGCAUGGGUGAGGCACACCGGGGUUGACAUGCCCACUCUGCACGGCAAGACGGGUCCUUUGCGCCCACUCUAAGAAUGGCAAGGCUGUGCACCAUUGGCGGCAAUGUCGUCUUGGCCGUGUAGCUUUGGCGGCAAUGUCGUGUACCACCCCAUAAUAUCUCGCCAGUCUCGCCAGUCAUCCCCCAGCCAUGGUUGCGCCUUUAUAUUUCCUCAUUCCCCUUCAGACCCCACGUUGUGAGGGUCGCGGGCUUUCCCUCCGAAUAGAGGCCGAGCCAUUGUUUAUAUGAGAUUCUGGCGCUCCAAUACGUCAACAAAAUUCCAAUCAUGGCACAAUCACAGCCGCCAUCUUACCCUAGCAUGGCGGCCUCUCCAAUGGCGUACAGCAACCUUCCCGAGGUUUCUGUAAACGAUGCGCCCCAGGUGUAUGCACAUGAUGCGCCCCAGGCUUACACAAACGAUGCGCCCGAGGCGCUUCCACAUACAAUUAGUCCCCAGAACAUCAAGCAGGAAUAUCUUCCAGCCUUUUAUCAACAGCAACACGGUGCCACAAGUCCAUACUCAACAUCACCAGGGCCACAGAACUCGGUACUGUAUUACCCGCCGCCUUCUGAUGCAGAGCGGGCUCCAAGCCACAUAGGUCCGACGGAGGAGAAGAAGAAGGGCACUGUGGUGAUCAAGAGGAGGACAUGUAUAAUCCUAGCCAUCGUUCUGGCCAUUGUGGUCGUCGGUGCCAUAGUUGGUGGUGCCGUGGGAGGCGUGAUGGCCUCGCGGAACAACCAGGCGCAGCAAGGAGGGACGGGUACGGAUGGUGUCAACGGCGGCAGUGGUAACAAUGGAGGUGGUGGCAAUAAUGGGGGCAGCGGCGGCGGGGGUGGGAGCAACAACGGCACAUCAACUCCCAAAAACCCAAACGCAAUUCUUAUGGAGGAGUCUGGCAUCAGCGCGGUGAGCUAUACGGUCGACGGGACCGACUACAGGAUGGUCUUUUGGCAGCCUCAGAACAGCUCGGGCGAAAUCAAAUACUCAGCCUGGGACUCCAAGAACCAGAAAUGGGAGGUAGUUGACCUCAAGAGCAGGCUACAGGGCUCUGCCAAGAUUGAAGCCACGCCAGGGACGGCCAUUGCGACUGCCGUACAACCCGGUGAUUCCAAAAAUGGAGGCGGCAGCUUCACAUUGUCGGUCGUUUACAACGGCCCAUCGGGCUCUGUCCAAGAGUUGUCGACGUCAGACGUCAAGGGCAGCAGCUGGGAAAAGAUGACAUACACCAUACACGCCACGAAUCACUCCCAACUUGCUGCUCGAUGGGACGUCUGCCAGAACAACAAGUGUACCGGCACGUUGAUUGUGGCGUACGAGAACGAGAACAAGCAGAUCCGACUUCAUUAUCCACAUGUAGAGGUGUUGGAUACAACAAAACACACUGAUUUAUCCAAAGACAUGACGACGGGCAGUGGCAUCGCCCUGUCGGCAUUGACAACCGACAACAGAACCAACGAGGCCUCGAGCACAAAGGUUUACUACCAAAGUUAUGAUUUUCUGAAAGCGGAUAAAAGCGCCAAUUGGUUGAACGAGAUCACUCGUAACAUAGAUUUUUCGUGGCGAGAUCCCAAGAUUCCGAAUACUCGCGUAACUCUUCCCCUCGACAACCCACCGCAGACCUACGCGACAUCGUUCGAAAAACCUGGCAUGGGGCUUCUCUACCUCGCCGUCGUCCAGAGAUACCCGUCUAAUGGUCGUCUCACCAUGAUGCAUUGGACCGAUAAAGAGUGGAUUCUUAAAGAACCGAGGUCUUCGAAAGCUGUCCCGGGUGUCAGUCUCGACUCUCGGACCUCUGCUGUGAGUAUUUCUGCGGACUUGAAGGUAUAUGUCGUACCUGAUAAUUGCGAGUCUAUACAAAUAUUUGAUGUCGACAAGGAAGACCCAGGCACAUGGGAUCCUUCGGGCGAGGUUACAAUCAAAUAGACUUGAAGGGCGAUGUGGAUGUUUGACUACUGGUAUUUCUUCUUUGUCUACAUAAAUCAUGUAAUUCUAUUAAAUCUUCUUCAAUUUUCUGCAUGGCAUAGGAUUCACUCAAUAGAAUUGGUUUAUUUGAGUGGCUUGUAUUGUGGCUAUGAAAAGUGCCUUGCGCGAGUCCAAGUGCAGUUUUAGGGGAUUAAUUUAUC